CUGGCACACCUCCCGCUCCAAUAUAAAGCUGCUUCGUCUAUUUGACAUCGCGCGACAGCAGGCAGAAUGGAGAGAUGGACAGGGAGCUCUCCGGCCGGCGCGCAUGUGUUUUCCGAUCAUCUACACAGCUGCUCCUCCUCUUCUAUCCUGCCGACCCAGACGGAGCUUGAGGUUUAUUCAGCAUGUGAGUAUUCAGAAAUCCAGCAAUUGCUGGAAGAACCCCAAGAUGAGAGUCAUCUGCCUGAAUUGUUGGGAAUUAUAUCCAGACCUACUAGUGAUUACGUCAUGCCAUUACAAAUGUGUACAUAUGUGCCACCGGAGAUCAAGAAGGUGAGGGAGAGAAGGAGGCCUACACCGUACACUGUGCUGUCGGAGCAAGAGGAGGCCCCUGCCACCAUGGUCCUCGGUGGUGAAAGAGGCGGAAAGGAGGAGGAUGAUGAGAAGGAGGAGGAGAGCAAAGAGGGAGAAGGGUCAAUUAAAGUGAGUGGAGCGAGAGGACCAAGGAAGAGAGGAACAUGGAAGAGAGGAACAUGGUUUCGUAACCAUUUUCUGAACGCACAAUGUUUUGGGGGCUUGUGUUCUGCAAGUAAAGGAGAAAAACGUGAGAACGACAAACACUGGACACCAAAAGAGGUGAAGUUAUUAGUGGAUGGUGUAUCUGAACUUGGGGUUGGCCACUGGACAGAGUUGAAGGAUGGAUGGUUUUCAGAUUCAAAUUCAGGUCCAGUUCGAACGGCGACGAAUCUUAAGGAUAAGUGGAGAAACCUAGUCAAAGCGUACGUGUUUAGGCCUAACUCCAAAAAGAAGGGAAAAUAUGCGCAUCUUGAUAAGGAACUUAUUAACAAGAUCCAGAUGCUAGCAGCUGAGUACCCUUAUCCAAAAUGAAGCUGCACUUUUGCAUAAUACAAGAACCACUGUUUGGGGCUUUUGGUGUAGCAGUAACUCAGCAAAAAGAGUUCUCCUUUUAGUACAGGAGAUCUUAGGCAACGCGAUGUUGGUGUGUACAUAGUAGAUUGGACCAUCUGGAGGGAGCAGCUUGCAUCUCCUAUCCUGCCGAACUGCCUUGUAAAGUACUCUUUUAUUAAUGAAGUGGAGAUAGAUCUCCUGCUCCACUUUUAUAGUCUAGUAGUAAGUUAACAUUUCAA